UGCUACUGCUUGAACAACAGAUUUAUUUCACCCCACAGGCGUUCCGUGUCUGCCUAUAACCAAAGAUCAUAGAACGUCAGUAAGUCUGGUUACAUUUUAUCUCCUGUAGGACCUGCUGAGUGUUUCAUACUCCCGGCUUAGUGAUUACAAUGGGAUUCCUGAAGCCAACGGUCACUUUGUGCUGUGUGUUGCUGAGUGUCAUCGUUACAGAAAAAACGGACAAGCAACCCUUGGUGACCACCAAAUAUGGGAAACUACUUGGGAGAAAGGUGAAGGUAUUGGAGACAGACAGACCAGUAGACACUUUUAUGGGAAUCCCUUUUGCAAAGCCGCCAGUUGGUGAAUUAAGAUUUGCUAAUCCUCAGCCCCCAGAACCAUGGAACUCUAUCAGGGAUGCAACUAAAGACCCACCCAUGUGUUUACAAAACCAGAAAUUAAUGGAAGAGGUAAAGAAGCAUUUCAAGAUUGAGACUCCGUCGCCCCCAUUUUCUGAGGAUUGCCUCUAUAUUAACAUUUUCACUCCAGGAGACCGAGAGAAGAAUUCUAAACUACCAGUUAUGAUGUUUAUACAUGGUGGAGGAUUACAAGUUGGAGGAGCCAUAUUUUUUGACGGCGCUGCAUUGAGUGCUUACGAAAAUGUUGUGACUGUGUCAAUCCAGUACAGACUGGCAAUCUUGGGAUUCACAAGUACUGGGGACAAGAGAUUAUCGGGCAACUAUGGGUUUAUGGAUCAAGUUGCAGCUCUUCAGUGGAUCCAGGAAAACAUUAAAGAUUUUGGAGGAGAUCCAGAGUCUGUCACUGUUUUUGGAGAAUCUGCAGGUGGUUUGAGUACCUCUGCUUUGGUGUUAUCUCCCUUAGCCAAAGGCUUAUUCCACAGGGCUAUUGCGGAGAGUGGAACUGCCAUAGUUCGUACCCUCAUGAUCACUGACCCCAAAGAAAUGAUUUCUAGAAUAAAUUACGUUGCCAAUAAAUCCGGCUGUGAUCCUGAUAAAUUGGCGGAUUGCGUGAAAAAGAAAACUGAAAAAGAAAUCCUUUUGAUUUCGGAUUCCAUGGGACUUUUAGAUGUACCUGGAUGUGUAGAUGGGGUGUUUCUACCCAAACCUCCAGAAGAGAUUAUGGCGAAUAAACAGAGCAACAAUGUUCCCUUUAUUAUUGGCAUUAAUAACCAAGAGUUUGGCUGGCUAUUAUUUCAGGUCAUGAAUGUUGAUGGUUUUCAAGAUGGAAUGGAUAAACAAACAGUCCAGUCACUGCUGAAAAUCGUUGACUUUUUGCAUUUGACAGAAAAAUCCAUCCCUUUGGUAAUGGAGGAAUAUUUUGGGGACACAAGCGAUCCUUUUGAAAUCCGAGACCGAUUCUUGGAUUUGUGCGGUGAUAUCAUAUUUGUUAUACCAGCUCUGAAGACAGCGAAAUAUCACAGAGAUUCUGGAUUUCCGGUUUAUUUCUAUGAAUUCCAGCAUCCAUUAGCCGUUGCGAAGAAUACAAGGCCAGACUACGUUAAAUCAGAUCAUGGGGACGAAAUUUACUACGUUAUGGGAGCCCCAUUCCUUCAUGCUGAUGCCUCUUCCAAAGAUGGUAGAACAGAGAAAGAAAGACAUUUCAGCAAAACAAUGAUGAAAUAUUGGGCCAACUUUGCUCGAAAUGGAGAUCCCAACGGACCAGGUCUCGUAAAAUGGCCAAGAUAUCAAGAAAAUGAAGCUUACAUGCAACUUGACUUGGAACAGAAACCCUCAGAAAAGUAUAAAGCAGACAAGUUUGUUUUCUGGACUAAAACUCUUCCAGAGGCCAUUCAAAAGAUGUCAGAGGAACAUAGAGAAGAUCACAGAGAACUGUAGAUUUGUAUAUAUCAUCAUAGUUAUCACGUUUCUUCAUAAGAAGUAACAAAAAAUUUUAAAACAAUCACUGCUAAGUAGCUCAAGAUAUCUAAAGCUUGUGUUCAUCUCCACCUUGGGUUAGUCCUCAAGGAUCUGUGAUUUAGCAAUCUGCCAGCCAGGAACACUGACAAAAUCUGGGCCAAUUCUAUCUAAUUUCUGCAAAAUACAUUUUCUUUCAAGCCGCUGUAAGAUGACUAUUCACCAGAAACCAAGCAAACUCUCAACUAAUGGUCUGAUGUCACCUUGCAUCAAUACAACUGGUUUCAAGUUUAUUUUUUUAUUGUUUUAUUUUAAGGGUUAUUCCUUGCCCAAAUACAAUAAAUAAAUAUCACAGUUUACUACACAUACCCCCAAAUGAACACAUGCUAUUUAGUUUUCUAGUUAUUCUGUGGGACAUUUGUUUGUUCGGUACAACAAGGAUAAAUGCUUGCAUAUCAUAACCCAUGUUAAAAUAGGCCUUUGAUAUACUCCUCUUGCUUUAAGCUCGUAAUACUGUCCCCUCCAACCUCUCCACCUUAUACGAACACC